AUGGAAGCCAGCGAGAAAGUUGAGCCAACGUGCCAUGUCGAGCUCUCGACGGCAGGUCUCGAGGGCGUUGAUGCAGAGAGACAGGCAAUGUCUAUCGAGUUCGCGUCGCGGGAUACUGAAUGGCACAAGAGAGCAACCAGGAAGCUACUUAUGAAGAUUGACCUGCAUUUGUUGCCAUGGGUUGUGUUGAUUGCGUUGGCGCAGGCAAAACUAGGAACGCUUACAAAAGAUUUGGGCCUGAAAGGCACCGAGUAUAACACCAUUACAUCUAUUUUGUUCAUUGGCUACAUUCUGUUCCAACUUCCGUCCAACCUUCUCCUCACCCGCGUCCGACCAGCGCUAUAUCUUUGCGGUAUGAUGGCUCUAUGGGGUACAAUUUCGGCCCUGCAGUCAACAACCAAGAGCUAUGUCGGCGAGCUCUUGUGUCGUUUGUUCUUGGGUGCUGCCGAAGCACCUUUCUUCUCGGGAUGCAUCUUCUUGAUGUCUUCAUGGUACCGAGCUGACGAGCUUGCGCAUCGUAUCGGUAUUCUGUAUGCUGGUGUUGCGCUUGCCAAUAUGUUCGGCGGACUCAUCGCAGCUGGUGUCCUUGCAGAUCUCAACGGUGCACAUGGUCUUGCCGGUUGGAGGUGGUUGUUCAUCAUCGAAGGCAGUGCAACAGUUGGUAUUGCCUUGAUUGCUAUGUGGAUCAUGCCUAAUUACCCAAGCACAACCCGUUGGCUCAACAUCGAAGAAAAGCACUAUGCUGAGUGGCGUCUCGCGCAAGACGCCGCCGGUGAGAUUGAUGAUCGAUAUGCUAUUACUCCUAUGCAAGCUGUACGAAUGGCAUUCAAGGAUUGGAAGCUAUACUUGUUCAUGAUAAUGCAUCAUCUGAACUUGUUGUCGCAGUCUUUCACAUACUUCUUCCCAUCAAUUGUCAAAUCCCUCGGCUACAACAACACCACCACCCUUCUUCUCACCGUUCCCGUCUGGUUCGCCACCUUCAUCGUCGUCCUCCUUGUAUCCUACCACUCCUCUCGCACCAAAGAACGUAGCAUACACAUCGCAUGCUGCAUGCUCGUCGGCGCCAUCGGAAACAUCAUCAUGAUCACAACCAACAACCUGGGCGCACGCAUGUUCGCCAUGUACCUCUUGCCUAUCGGCGUCUUGCCGCCAUUCCAACUCAUCCUCGCCUGGAUCACAUCUACUUUUGCUCGUCCAUUGGCUAAACGAUCUGUUGUCGUGGCCAUUUGUGGUAUGUUCGGAAAUGCAUCUAGUAUCUAUGGAAGUUACCUGUAUCCAGACUCGCAGGCUCCGAAGUAUGUCGUGGCCGGUGUUGUGUUGGCUUGUACUUGCUGUGGAUGUGCCGUUAUGGCAAUCAUCAUUCGCUUUGUCCUCAAGAUGGAGAAUAAGAAACUGGAUGAACAAGAGGAGCGAAAUGGCGUCACUGUUCGGGGAUUUAGGAGUGCAAAUGCAUUGGUACUCCCAGACAAUGUGGGAAGAUUACCAGCUCUGGGUUGGAACUCAUGGAACGCCUACGGUUGCGAUGUCAAUGAGACCAAGAUCGUGACAGCUGCCACGCAACUCAACACAAGCGGUCUACAAGCCUUGGGCUACAAAUACGUUAACAUUGACGAUUGCUGGUCUGUCAAAUCCGGCCGUGAUAAUGUUACAAACCGCAUUAUCCCGAAUCCUGACACUUUCCCGAAUGGUAUCAAUGGUACCGCUCAGCAGGUUCAUGAUCUUGGUUUGAAGAUUGGUAUCUACAGUAGCGCUGGCUAUGAGACAUGUGCUGGUUAUCCAGCAAGUCUCGGGUACGAGACGACCGAUUCCCAGACCUUUGCUGAAUGGGGUAUUGACUAUCUCAAAUACGACAACUGUAACUACCCCUCCCAAUGGGAUGACGAGUACAACGCUUGUAUCCCCGACAGUGAUUACCCCGGCGUGAACCCUAACGGCACUUGUCCAGGCCUUGCAGACCCAGCUCCUGCAGGCUACGACUGGAGUACUUCCAAUACCACGAAGCGGUUCAAUAUCAUGAGAGACGCUCUGGUCUCUGUACAAGAUCAACGCGUUAUUUUGUAUUCGUUGUGUGAAUGGGGAUCUGCCGAUGUUCCAUCUUGGGGUAAUGGCACUGGUAAUUCGUGGAGAGUAACUGGUGAUAUCAACGCAACAUGGGAUAGAAUCACUGCUAUAGCCAACAUGAAUGCCCAUGAGCUGUCAAGUGUCGACUUCUGGGGCCACAAUGACCCAGAUAUGCUAGAAGUCGGCAAUGGGAACUUGACAAUCGAGGAGAACCGUGCCCAUUUCGCUCUAUGGGCAAUCAUGAAGUCACCUCUGAUCAUCGGAACUGACUUGUCAACCCUUCCAGAGACACACCUCUCCAUUCUCAAAAACGCCGACCUCAUCGCCUUCAACCAAGACCCCGUAAUCGGCAAACCAGCUCUUCCCUACAAACAAGGCUACAACAACGGCACAUACAACCCGCACUAUCCGCCCGAAUAUUGGUCCGGCGCAACCUCCCAUGGCUGGAACUUGGUACUACUUUUCAAUUCCGAGGACGUCGCAGCUAGUAGGACUGCCGUCUGGAGCGAGAUUCCGCAACUGGGUAAGCACGCCAAUCGGUAUAGGGUUGAGGACGUUUGGACUGGAAAAGAUUUGGGAUGUGUGCAUAAGGAGUAUACUGUGCAGUUGGAGGCGCAUGACGUUGCAGUGCUUAAAGUGACUGGUACUUGUUAG